AUGGCUUCUGCCGUGGCGGCAGCACUUGUGGGCUGGGGGUUUCUGGAUUACAAGACAGAGAAGUAUGUGAUGACUAGAAACUGCCGGGUGGGUGUCUCUCAGAGGCUGCUGCAGCUGGGAGUGGUGGUCUACGUGAUAGGGUGGGCCCUCUUGGCCAAAAAAGGCUACCAGGAAUGGGACGUGGACCCUCACAUUUCUGUCAUCACUAAACUCAAAGGGGUUUCCGUAACCCAGAUUAAGCAACUAGAGAACCGGCUAUGGGAUGUGGCUGACUUCGUGAAGCCAUCACAGGGAGAGAAUGUGUUCUUCCUGGUGACCAAUUUCCUCGUGACGCCAGCUCAAGUCCAGGGCAGAUGCGCGGAGCACCCUUCCGUUCCUCUGGCUAACUGCUGGGAAGACAAGGACUGCCCUGAAGGGGAGACGGGAACGCACAGCCACGGUAUAAAAACGGGUCAGUGUGUGGUGUUCAACGGAACCCACAGGACCUGUGAGAUCUGGAGCUGGUGCCCAGUGGAGCAUGGUGCUGUGCCCAGGAAACCCCUGCUGAUUCAGGCCCAGAACUUCACACUUUUCAUCAAAAACACUGUCACCUUCAGCAAGUUCAACUUCUCCAAAACCAACGCCUUAGACACCUGGGACAGCACCUAUUUCAAGCAUUGCCGCUACGAUCCUCAUUCCAGCCCGUACUGUCCAGUGUUCCGCAUCGGGGACCUUGUGGCCAUGGCUGGAGGGGACUUUGAGGACCUGGCAUUGCUGGGUGGCGCUGUGGGCAUCAGCAUCCACUGGGACUGCAACCUGGACACCAGGGGCUCUGACUGCUGUCCCCAGUACUCCUUCCGGCUGCAGCAGAGAGGGUACAACUUCAGGACAGCCAAUCACUGGUGGGAAGCCUCGGGUGUGGAAGCCCGGAGUCUGCUCAAGCUCUAUGGGAUCCGCUUUGACAUUCUGGUCACUGGGAAGGCAGGGAAGUUUGCACUCAUCCCGACGGCCAUCACAGUGGGCACAGGAGCAGCUUGGCUGGGCAUGGUCACCUUCCUCUGUGACCUGCUACUACUGUAUGUGGAUAGAGAAGCCCGUUUCUACUGGAGGACCAAGUAUGAAGAAGCAAAAGCUCCAAAGGCAACUAUCAACGCUGCAUAGACUGAGCUGGCUUCCACACCUGCAAAUCCUGCUGCCUAGUGUCUCAGUAGUGACUUGUACCCGCCCCAUGUCUGUUGCUGCUGGGAUCCAGACAUCCAUGCACCAGUGGCCUUGUCUGGGUGGUUAUCAUCCACCGGCCUAUCCAUUCCUGAGGCUUAUAGCCGCUCCCUGUGGGUUAAAGCUCAGGGGUCGGGAAGGAUGCUGAGAACAUCAAGGACAAAGCUCCAGUUUCCACCAGACUCCUUCCUGGGUCCAGCCUGAGAGAGGAGAAGGCAAUGUGGCCGAAACACUGAUUUCCUGGCUCCUCGGGCGUCUCUGUCUUCUGGGUGACUCUGCCAUGUGGUUCCAGCCCCCUUGACCUGACCGCCAGGUUUCUCAGGGGCCUAGGUGAGAUGAGAGACGGCACAUCUAGGACUUCCUGCCAUGAAGACAUUUCUGGCAGCCUCAAUGUACACUGAAGCACCUGCCUUCCAGAGGCCCUAAGUCUGGCCCCAGCCGGAGUGCCGGAGGUUUGAGGUAUGACUCCAUGAAGGACACGGAGGGUAGCUGGUUCUGACUUCCUCCAUGCCCCAAAGCCCUCAGAAAGGAUGGCAGGGGCAGGGCCACAGAAACAUGGCCGUUUCUUGGUCCAAGUGUGGGGCAUGAUGGAUGGAGUUUGCACCCCGGGAGGAAAGAGGCAGCUUUGUUAUGGAUGCACAGUGACCAGGGGAGUUCCAGGGCUGAGGCUGAAACUGCACCAACAUCUAGGAUCACCUGACCUCCAGAUCCUCCAAAAAGCCUUUGGAGUCCUGAUGUCUCUCA